AUGUCUGAAUCCACCGAAUUCACCUUCAAGCAGAUUGCUGAGCACAACACUAAGAAGGACCUCUACCUGAUCGUCCACGACAAAGUCUACGACUGCACCAGCUUCGUCGAUGAGCACCCUGGUGGCGAGGAAGUCCUCCUCGACGUCGGCGGUCAGGACAGCACGGAAGCCUUCGAGGAUGUCGGCCACAGUGACGAGGCGCGCGAGAUUCUCGAUGGUCUCCUCGUUGGCACAGUGAAGCGCGUGCCCGGUGACCCCGAGCCCCAGAGCAAGGCAGCCCCCGCUUCCUCCUCAUCCUCCUCCUCAUCCUCCACCGCUGGCUUCGGCGUCGGUCUCUACGCCGUUAUCCUCAUCGGCGGUGCCAUCGCCUACGGCGCAUACAACUACCUCCAGGCUCAACAGCAGCAGCAGUAA